UAAAAUCUUCGAUAUCAAGGUGGCUCCACUUCCGUCUAAAUGUUACGAGGAAGAGAGAAUCUCGCCAUUUUGUUUUUCUUUGUAUUGAGACUUCCAAACUGCGUCAUGAGUUCCUUAAAACUACAAAAGAGGCUGGCAGCCUCUGUUAUGCGCUGUGGGAAAAAGAAGGUAUGGUUGGAUCCAAAUGAAGUUAAUGAAAUUGCGAAUACUAACUCUCGUCAGAAUAUCCGUAAAUUGAUUAAGGAUGGCUUAAUAAUAAAAAAGCCAGUGGCUGUGCAUUCUAGAGCACGAGUUCGUAAGAAUACGGAAGCUAGACGUAAGGGUCGUCAUUGCGGAUUCGGUAAGAGAAAGGGUACAGCAAAUGCACGUACUCCUCAAAAAGAUUUAUGGAUUCAAAGAAUGAGAGUUCUUCGUCGUCUUUUGAAAAAAUAUCGUGAGACUAAGAAAAUCGACAGACACUUGUAUCAUUUACUUUAUAUGAAAGCAAAAGGUAAUGUAUUUAAAAACAAAAGAGUACUUAUGGAAUUUAUUCAUAAGAAAAAAGCUGAGAAAGCUAGGGCAGAAAUGUUAUCGGACCAAGCUGAGGCACGUCGUACCAAAGUACGCGAAGCUCGUAAACGCAGAGCUGAAAGAAUUGCAACAAAAAAACAAGAGCUACUGCAAUCGUAUCAACGAGAAGAUGAAGCAGCUGCUGCGCAAAAAAAGUAAUUUUAAAGAUCAACAAUUUUAUUAUGUAAAUAAAAGUCGCAAAAAAUGAAUAA